CGCCCAUCUCCAUCCUCCCAUCUGGUUCUGUGUGCGACGAAGGCUCCCUGCGAAGGCCUGAAAGCUCCUGAAGUGAGCCAGCUCUGGGUUUGUGCCUCGAAUCGGCCCAGCGUCACGCCGUCAAUCUUGCAUCAACCGGAGCCCAUCUGACGUGCCCGCUCGAUUGGAUCCGGCCGUAUAUAGCCUCGGAAGUUUGCUCUCAGCGUCUCCUCUUCUCCUCUCACGAACAUAUACCUCUCUUUACUCAUCUUCUACCACACUCGCCAUGGCUCAAAUCAUCGACAACGCCCUCGGCGCUGUAGGUCACACUCCCCUCAUACGGCUGGAUAGGGUGGCGCAGCAGGCGGGGCUGAAGUGCAAUCUCCUGGGCAAGGUAGAAUACGUCUCCGCUGGCGGCUCCGUCAAGGACCGCAUUGCAAAGGCGAUGGUUGAAGCCGCGGAGAAGGAGGGGAAGCUCAUUCCAGGCAAGAGCGUGGUAAUCGAGCCAACAUCUGGCAAUACUGGCAUUGGUCUGGCAUUGGCGUGCGCGAUAAAGGGGUACUCGGUGAUCAUCACCCUCCCGAACAAGAUGUCUAUCGAGAAAGAGGCUGCCUUGCGCGCCCUAGGCGCCGAGGUUGUCCGCACACCUACCGAAGCCGCCUGGGACUCCCCCGAUAGCCACAUAGGAGUGGCCAGGCGCUUGCAACGUGAAAUUCCCCAUGCAAUCAUCCUAGACCAAUAUCGCAAUGUCAACAAUCCCUUGGCGCACGAGUUGACUACGGGCCCGGAGAUUAUUGAGGCGGUAGUCAACACGCCAUCGACGCCUCUGAAUCCCUCUACCGGCAAGGUCGACGUCCUUGUCGCAGGUGCCGGUACAGGCGGAACUGUCACCGGCAUUUCGAACGCGAUCAAGAAGACGCAUAACAAAGAAUGUGCCGUCAUCGGUGUCGACCCCAAAGGCAGCAUCCUCGCGCUCCCCGAGACUCUCAACGCCUCCUCCGCCGGCGACCCGUACGUCGUGGAGGGUAUCGGCUACGACUUCAUCCCCGAGGUCCUCUCCCGCGCGCCCGGCGUCGUUGACUUUUGGGAGAAGACCGCCGACGAGGACUCGUUCGAGCACGCCAAGUCGCUCAUGCGGCUCGAGGGUCUGCUCGUGGGCGGGAGCAGCGGCGCUGCGCUGGCCGGAGCGAUGCAGUGGCUGCGUGAUACGGAGGAGGGGCGGAAGGUGGCGGAGACGGAAGGGAAGAAUGUGGUGGUCGUGCUGCCGGAUGGGAUCCGCAACUACAUGAGCAAGCCGUGGUUCCUGAAGAUGGCACUCGAGCAGGAGCCCUCGCCGCUCGCGGGAGCCAUUGCUGGUAUCUUGGGCAAGAAGUAAUUCGCGGACGAGUCUCGCGCCUUGAAGAGAGGACAUGGACACCGCCUAAGAGUUUCAGUAGAUUAUCCUGUACACCUAUCCCCCAUAUUGUACACGUAGAGCUGUCGAAGGAUUCGUGCCGGUC